AUGUACUUAUCCCUCUUCAAGGAGCUCAAAAUCCCAGAGUCAUGCCUUCUCCCAGCAGAAGUUCCCUUAAUUGGAUUCAAUGGAACUCCCGUUUGGCCUCUCGGUAGGAUCACCCUCCUCGUGGUUACAGGCUCGGUUGCUUCUAAUCUGGAGUUCGUCGUCGUGGACGCUCCGAGUCCGUACAACGCAAUCCUCGGCCGAAAUUGGCUCCAUUCGAUAAAAGCCGUCGCCUCAACCUACCACCAGCUGGUUAGAUACAUCGGCGCUCACGGCAGACAAGAAGAUCUAUUGGGAGAUCAAUUACAGGCCAGACAAUGCUACAUAUCCGCCGUCGGAAAGACACUAAGCUCCAAACGAGUACAUUGGGUUGAAGUCCCAAACAAACUAGUUCUCGAGGACGUCGGAUCUUUUCCUGAAGAAAAAUCCAUUGAAGACCUUAUCAAAUUCCCACUCAAUGAGGAUGCAUCACGGCAUCGACCCGAAGCUCAUCCAGCACUCACUCAACGUUUCAAAAUCGGCAAAGCCAGUGAUUCAAAAGCCUCGACGAUCCGCAACUAUUCAUGCCGAAGCAGUAAACGAGAAGUGGACAAACUCCUCGAGGCGGGUGCCAUCAAAGAAGUGCAAUAUCCCACUUGGCUUGCGAACCCUGUGGUGGACUGCCUACCCCUUCCAAAGAUAGAUCAAUUAGUAGAUGCAACAGCGGGUCACGCUCGGCUCAGUUUUUUGGAUGCCUACAGAGGUUACCACCAGAUAGCCAUGAACCCCGACGACAUGGAAAAGACGGCAUUUAUCACCCCCAGGGGCCUUUUUUGCUACCUUGUUAUGCCGUUCGGUCUAAAGAACGCGGGGGCCACAUUUCAAAGAAUGAUAUACCUAUUGUUCGGAAUGCUCAUCGGAGAGAUCAUGGAAGCCUAUAUUGACGAUAUGGUCGUCAAGAGUCUCAAAGCCGAGAACCACCUCUCUCACCUUGCCGAAGUCUUUGCAAUACUGAAGAAGUACAAGUUACGACUGAACGCCGACAAAUGCGCCUUCGGAGUUAGUUCCUGGAAGUUCCUCGGUUAUCUCGUCACUCGGCGUGGCAUUGAACCAGAUCUCCGCAAUUCAGAGCACCCUAUCGUAGUCCUCACUGAGUUUCCACUAAAAAACCUUCUAAGGAAGGCCGAUCUAUCAAGCCGAGUAUCUCAGUGGGCGGUCGAAUUAGCAAAUUUUGAUAUUCAUUUUGAGCCUCGAACAACAAUCAAGGCCCAAGUAUUGGCAGACUUCAUUGCUGAAUUCACCCCUGGAAGCCCAGACGAAAAAGCAUUGGUUAAGCCUAAUUAUGGAAUGCUGGAACAACAAGAGGCUCGGAAAACCAACGGUGCGGGUGCAGGGGUUGUCCUUGUAAACCUUUGUGGCGUCCUUCAUGAAACUGCUAUCAUAAUCAACUUCCCAGCCACAAACAAUGAAGCUAAAUAUGAAGCACUGCUAGCUGGGCUCCGAGCCGCAACAAGUUUACAGGUUGAAGACCUACACGUUUUCUGUGACUCUCAACUGAUCGUUAACCAAGUAACAGAGGAUUAUGAAGCUCGGGACCCAAGGAUGCUAACGUAUCAGGCUACGGCUCUUGAGCUAAUACGAGGGUUCAAGAGAUUCCACAUUGAGCAGAUCAACAGAGAGAACAACGCUCAUGCCGAUGCUGUGGCAAGUUUAGCCUCGGCAAGCAAAGUAUUUGAAUAUAGACACAUUAGCCUCGGCGAGAUCCACAAGCCAAGCUUUGAAGUCUCGAAGGAAGUUCUCAGCAUUUCCAUCGGUCCUAGCUGGAUGGAUGAGAUAGUCUCGUUCCUCAAGAAUGAUACGCUCCCCUCCGACAAAAAGGAGGCCCAUCGUGUACGCAGCAAAGCAGCCCACUAUUGGAUCUCUGAGAGCGGCCAACUCUACAGGAAAAGCUUCACAGGGCCAUAUCUUCGAGUCGUUCAUCCAACCGAGGGCAACGGUCAGGCCGAAGCAACAAACAAGACAGUGUGCGCUGGCAUCAAGCGUCGGUUAGACUCCAAACGAGGAAAAUGGGCCGAAGAACUGCCUCGGGUUCUCUGGGCCUACCACUCCACUCCAAGACGCUCCACUGGCCAAACUCCCUUUGCAAUGGCCUUCGGCAUGGAGGCUGUCAUUCCACUUGAAUCCAGGUUCCCAACCCUGCGCACUGAAACUUUUGAUCCACAAACCAACAAUGAUGCAGUAGCUACCGAGCUUAUUUUAGCUGAAGAAAAGCGAGACGAUGCCCAGCUCAAACUAGCUAACUAUUAG